AUGCCAUUGUGCAUCUCUCAGUUACAAUCUGUUCAUAUAUAUUCAUCUAUCUACAUCUGUGUACAUCUAUCUAUCUAUCUAUCUAUCUAUCUAUCUAUCUAUCUAUCUAUUGCAGUCUGUGCAUACCUAUCUAUCUAUCUAUCUAUCUAUCUAUCUACUAAUAAUGGUUUUAUUAAUAAAGUCAUCCCUAUCUAUCUAUCUAUCUAUCUAUCUAUCUAUCUAUCUAUCUAUCAUAGUCUGUUCAUAACUAUCUAUCUAUCUCGAGGCGGUGUAAUGAAAAAUGUUAUUUUUUUUUAUUUCUGUCCCUUCCCAAACAAAAAAAAAUGUUAUUUUUUUUUAUUUCUGUUACUUCACCCUAAAAUAAAAUUAUUUUUUUUUUAUUUCUGUCCCUCCCCCACCCCCAUUGACAAAAAAUGGUAUAUUUUUAUUUCUACUCUUUUUCUUCUUUUGACUCUUUCUCACUCCUGUGCUCCUACUCCUCUCUUAACUCUUUCUCCACUCUUCUUUUUUUGCCCCCUUUUGACUCUUUCUCCCCAUCUUGAAUCUUUUUCCCCUCUUAACUCUUUCUCCCCUCUUGAUUUAUUUGCCCCCUUUUGGCUCUUUCUCCCCAUCUUGAAUCUUUUCCCCCUCUUAACUCUUUCUCCACUCUUGAUUUAUUUGCCCCCUUUUGGCUCUUUCUCCCCAUCUUGA